UUCUGUAAAACCCCAAGAGAGAGAGAGAGAUAGAACUCCAUCUACCCGCGUUGCAGCCUGCAAGAGAGAUAGAUAGGUAGAAUGAAGAUAGAAGAAGUGCAAUCGACAACAAAGAAGCAGAGAAUAGCAACUCAUACUCACAUUAAAGGUCUUGGCCUUGAGCCCAAUGGAAAAGCAAUACCUUUGGCAGCUGGCUUUGUGGGUCAGGCUUCGGCCAGAGAAGCUGCAGGCCUUGUUGUUGAUAUGAUUCGCCAGAAGAAGAUGGCUGGUCGGGCUCUACUGCUUGCUGGACCUCCUGGUACUGGGAAAACAGCACUUGCCCUGGGUAUUUCACAAGAACUUGGCAGCAAGGUACCAUUUUGCCCAAUGGUUGGAUCUGAAGUAUACUCAUCAGAAGUGAAGAAAACUGAGGUUUUGAUGGAAAAUUUUAGACGAGCGAUUGGUCUAAGAAUGAAGGAAAACAAGGAAGUUUAUGAAGGAGAGGUUACUGAACUGUCUCCAGAGGAGAUUGAGAGUGUCACAGGUGGAUAUGGUAAAAGCAUUAGCCAUGUUAUUAUUGGGUUAAAAACUGUCAAAGGGACCAAGCAAUUGAAGCUUGACCCAACCAUAUAUGAUGCCCUAAUUAAAGAAAAGGUAGCUGUUGGUGAUGUCAUAUACAUUGAAGCAAAUAGUGGAGCUGUUAAAAGAGUUGGGAGAAGUGAUGCCUUUAAUACAGAAUAUGACCUUGAGGCAGAAGAGUACGUUCCACUUCCUAAAGGAGAAGUUCACAAGAAGAAGGAGAUAGUGCAGGAUGUUACAUUGCAUGAUCUUGAUGCUGCAAAUGCACGGCCUCAAGGAGGACAAGAUAUAUUGUCCUUAAUGGGUCAGAUGAUGAAACCCAGGAAAACUGAAAUUACUGAUAAGUUGAGACAAGAAAUAAACAAGGUUGUAAAUCGUUAUAUUGAUGAGGGUGUGGCAGAGCUUGUUCCUGGUGUCUUAUUUAUUGAUGAGGUACAUAUGCUGGAUAUGGAGUGCUUUUCAUAUCUAAAUCGUGCCUUGGAGAGUUCAUUAUCACCAAUUGUGAUUUUUGCCACUAAUAGAGGAAUUUGUAAUGUUAGAGGAACUGAUAUGGCGAGUCCACAUGGUAUACCUGUUGACUUGUUAGACCGGUUGGUGAUUAUUAGAACAGAAACUUAUGGUCCAGCUGAGAUGAUACAGAUUUUAGCUAUCCGUGCUCAGGUUGAGGAUCUAGGUAUUGACGAAGAGAGUUUAGCUUUCCUAGGGGAGAUCGGGCAGCAAGCAUCCCUGAGGCAUGCUGUUCAGCUUUUAUCACCCGCCAGUAUUGUGGCAAAAAUGAAUGGCCGUGACAAGAUCUGCAAGGCGGACCUUGAAGAAGUGAACUCACUUUAUCUCGACGCAAAAUCUUCAGCAAGGCUUCUUCAGGAGCAGCAGGAUCGAUACAUUUCAUAAGGAAUGGUCCGUAUUUACACUUGCAGGCCAACCUGAAUUCCAAAGCAUUAUAACCUUGGUGCCUCGAGGAGCAGAAUGUACUCUACGCAUGUCUGCAGAUGCUACCACGGGCCAAUCAUUUCCGCUGAUGUAGCCUCGAGAUUGUUGGUUUUCAUGUUUUCAUGCAACUUGUCUGUAUUCAUUGAGGUGGGGAAUUUUAUUUUUUGAAUCUGAGAGAAUUGGUUCUGAUUUUGUCUCUAAACCUGCAGAAUUGGUACACCUAAGAAUUCGGAUUUAGGUUAGUUGACUUGGAAUCGUCCCUGUGGGGUUCAUUUACUAAAUCCAUAUCUCUGUUUUUCAAUUUUUAGUUUUUCCAUUUCUCUGGAAAAAUUGGUUAGAAAUUUAAAAUUUUGUUGCAAAAGGAUUGAAGUGUGGAUUUACCGUUC